AUGCGGGACGGCUCAGCCAGUUGCCCGGACCUGCUACUACGAGACACAGCGCCUCCAGACACGCCAACGUCGAAUUUUGACUCCAACCGGGCACGCAGCAGUGUACCCUCUGAAACUUCUAGCCUUUCUGACAGUGUUCAUUCAAACCUAUUCCUCAAGGCCAAGGGUGGCCCGAGCAAGCUUCGCCGCUUUAUGAAGCAGGCUCGGAACUUUCGCCGUAUUGCAGCUACCAAAAUGUCGGAAGCGCGUUUCCCACAGACCCUUGGUAAGCGGGAACGUUCUGCAGAUAGCAGAUCGUCCGUCAAUGGAGGCUCCGUCGCAGCCCUAGAUGUGAGCAGCAGGGAAAGCAGCGUCGAAAGAGGCGCCACGCCCACAGUCCCCGCAUUCUUGACGCAGUCCUACUCAGAGCUACGGUCAAAGUUCGAAGAACUCGAAUGGAUCCAAAGAAGCCGGAUCUCAGCUGGACUUCUGGCUGGAGAUCCUUCGCAUAAAUGGGCGUUGGAGUCCAGCCCUAUGGUCAAGGAGAGAAGCCGCUAUGCAAACGUCCAGGCUUGGGCCAAUUCUCGAAUUCACCUAAAAGUCCCCCCCGGAGAAUGCGACUUUAUCAAUGCUUCCCCAAUUGAGCUAAAGGAUACCCAGUCCCAAGAAGUUGUUCGCUAUAUUGCAACUCAGGGUCCGAAGGAAGGUCACUUGGCACAUUUCUGGAACAUGAUUUUUGAUGAGACGGGGGAAGUGGCGGUAGUUGUAAUGCUCACCCAAACCUUCGAAGCCGGUAGAGAGAAAUGCGCACAAUACUUCCCGCUAGAUAUGGAGGUUCCCACUUUCCAUUUCUCUUCUGUUGACUCAGAUCCAUUUGUUGACCACAAAGAAGACGAUACUACAUCCGACCAUCCUUCUGGGUCAGUUUCACUUUUGGAGUGCUCCUACGACGAGUCAUGCUGCUCUGAAGUUCGCAAGCUCAAGCUAGAACUCGGUUCAGAAUCAAAACUUGUUUGGCAUUUCCUGUUUGCCGGUUGGUCCGAUUAUGCGAAGCCAGAGGGCCACUACCGCGAUGCGCUAAUUGAAUUGACGAAAAUAACCGCCGACAAGGCGAGAUCCCGUGACAACCCGAGAAUCGUCCAUUGUAGCGCUGGUGUUGGAAGAACUGGCACCUUUAUCGCCCUUGAUCACCUUCUAAGGGAAUUACGGAACGGGCAUCUGCUAAAUGUGGCCGAUGACACUGUCGACACCGUCUUUGAUACGGUAAAUCAACUCCGAGAACAGCGAAUGAUGAUGGUAUAUAAUGAUAUACAAUAUCAAUUUAUAUACGACGUCGUAAAGGAACAGGCCCAUGCUCUCCUUGGAGACAAGGGUGUGACUGGUACUUCCGAUGCUGAAGGAAAGGAUACCACGAAGGACGAAGAAGAUACUCCUACAGAAACGAACACCAAGGGAGAGCUGGAACCCAUUGUUGAUUAA